AUGUCCCAGCUGGAAGAACAGGCAGCUGCAGAUGUUGGGGAAAAGCGAGCCUUGAUUUUUACACUUAAACAGCAGUUUGUGCAGCAGGGGAAAAAAUGCUGUAAGGGUUAUAAAUUUGUUCUUGGACAGUGCAUCCCUGAAGACUAUGAUGUCUGUGCAGAAGCUCCUUGUGAACAGCAGUGCACAGAUAACUUUGGACGGGUCUUAUGCACCUGCUAUCCUGGGUACCGCUAUGACCGUGAGAGGCACAGAAAUAGAGAGAAGCCUUAUUGCCUGGAUAUUGAUGAAUGUGCCACAAGCAACGGGACGCUCUGCUCUCAGAUUUGUGUCAACACCAUGGGCAGCUACAGAUGUGAGUGUCAUGAAGGCUAUACCCGGGAGGACGAUGGGAAGACAUGCACCAAAGGAGAUAAAGCUGGGCUUCCUGAGAAAUCUGAAAACAUGGCGAAGCCAGGGACAUGCUGUGCCUCUUGUAAGGAAUUUCAUCAAAUAAAGCAGACGGUUUUACAACUGAAGCAAAAGGUUGCUUUACUACCAAACAAUGCUGCUGAUCUUAGCAAGCAAAUCACUGGUGAAAAAGUGCUUGCAUCGAAUGCAUAUAUCCCUGGUCCUCCAGGGCAGCCUGGCCAACGAGGUCCUCCAGGGGCUCCAGGACCAAAAGGGAGUCAAGGAGUUCCUGGGCCUCCUGGGCCUCCUGGACAGCCAGGCCCUCGGGGAUCAAUGGGACCUAUGGGACCAUCUCCAGACAUAUCGCAUAUUAAGCAGGGCAGACGGGGCCCUGUGGGCCCACCGGGAGCCCCAGGGAGAGAUGGUAGCAAGGGGGAGCGAGGAGCACCAGGACCAAAAGGGAUACCUGGCCCACCAGGUUCAUUUGACUUCCUGCUGCUGAUGAUGGCAGACAUCAGAAAUGACAUUGCUGAGCUGCAAGAGAGAGUGUUUGGACACAGGACUCACUCAUCAACAGAGGAGUUUCCAUUACCUCAGGAAUUUACAAACUAUCACGACACGGUAGAUUUUGGAUCCGGAGAAGACUACAAACCACGGGCAGCACCCAGAGACUCCAGAAUACAUAAGGCAGCAGCCCAUCCUUAGCUAGGCCUACUGAAAAAGAGCCCCUUAGAGUUGUUCAAUAUAAAAAUGCACUGACAAUGUAAAAAUAUAUAUAUAUUAUUUCCCCAGUUUUCUCUUUGGUUUUCCCCAACCAUGCUGCCCAUGCUGCAGCUUUCCCAAUUCACGGUGGCCUCCUUGCAGGAAUUCCAUAUCAUCAAACCUACAAUCUGCACUGUAUCUAGAAUAUGAGGAAAACCUUUCUGGCAUAUAGGGCUAGCAUGAUUAAAGCAUGCUGUAGCUAAUGGCGCAGACGCCACCAUCUUAUAUGCUUACUUUUGAUUCUGUGUCCAAACGACGCGCUACCCAGAUUCUUGCCAGGGACAGAGAGGCAGCUGUUCAUCAUCCCUGAAAGACAGCAGAAACGAAAGCCUAGGUCCAGAGUUAUUUUAUACAUGUAAAUGAAUUAUAUCACUGACCUCAAGUUCCCACUUGAUGUACCCAAGCUUAAGAAAGUGUGAAAGGUGGAUCCCUGUCUUACAGCAGAGGCCAGCUGUAACUGAAACGUCUCCUUCUAAUAUGCCAUCAUGGCAGAGAAAGGCCAAAAAAAUGGAGAAGCAGUGAUACAAAGGCACUGCUUUUUGACUUGGAAAUUGGUUUUUUUGUUGUUACAGAGUAUCACGCAAAGAGAGUCAAGAAGAUGUAUCUGUCAUAAACUACCCCCCUUCUCCCUUACCCUUCUCCCGCUGCUUAGUGUGGGGGCCAGGUCCCUUCCUCAGUAGAUUCCUACUGGAUACAUUACACAGGGAUAAGAAAUAGAACAGGAAACUUAUGAAGCAGGAAAAACUGUGUAAGUGAGUGAAUCAAGUAGUCUUACAGGCAAGCACCAAACUAAUCCCAGCCUUGCAGAAUGAGCCAGAUUCUGACCUCCUGUGGGUGCUUGCCUUCUUUGGUGAAACGCUGAGGUCCAAGUAAAACUGAGAUCGGAGAAAGGCCUCGUGUUUGCAAAGAGCUGCCGUCUGUUUUGUUCCUCUGUCAUAUGAGAGCAAUCUAAAUGGCAUUCACAGAACUGGAACACAGAGUUGCAGUGUAUUUGGCUUGAUAUUUAAGGAGGAUGAGUAGGUGCAAGUCUGCCUGAAGUGCAUACACUUCAGCUGGUACUUGGAUGGCUAAGGUGAGGUACUGCACACAGGGGGUCCCAUAUUUGUAAAAGGGAUGAAAGGGAAUGUUUUUUUUUUUUUUUUUUUUUUUUUAACACUGGAAAAUUGGAUGCAUGAGUUAGACCAUACCUCAUGGAUGAUUUAUGUUACCAUUUCUUUUGGAUUACCAGAGCUGCUGAGGACUUUGCCACGCUUAGAAGAUAAAGAUGUAAGGAGUAUAUUAAGCACAAAAUGUUUAACUUUCAUGUUGUAUCUGUGUAGCUGCUACUUCUACAGCAUGUAUAGUGCUGGGACUUGUCCAUGUUACAAAUGCAAAGACAAAUUUCUCAUUUUGCCAUGUUUUUCAGGACUUGCAUGUUCUAAUAGCAUACAAAUAGGGAAAAAUAUAAGCAGGCUCUUUCCAGAUCCUUUGUACAGGUUUGGAUUCCUUUCCAUGUUCCCUGGGCCAGAAGAUAGUUGGUGUGAUCCCUGUACCACCAGUACAGGUCAUAUUGUAUACACAGCUGGCUCUCUAGACCCUUAUUAUCUUUUGCAUAAUAUCUUAAGAGGAUGUGUUCAUUCCUGCAAUUGUUUCCCAACUCCUCACUAUCAGUAUGCCACAAGCAAGGGCAUCAGCUUUAAGAAUAUUAAUGUUCUUUGUUCCUCUUCUCUUCACCUUAUACGUACAUCAAUACUAAAAAAGCAAUGACUAAAUCACUGGUAGCUGGCAGCUUAGGAAAAAAUGAUAGUGUUCUCCCCUUGUGGUCUUUGGGCUUCUCUUCUGGGUGGAGCUCUGCCAGCAGCUGCAGAUCCAAGUAAUCUUGUGAACCAGGCAAUGAGAAGAUCAGUGAGAUUUAAGGAGAAACUUGUGACCGAAAGAGGGAUGGUCUCAUAGUAGCAGACUGAAAGAAGCUCUAGGACAGUACGUCUUAUUUUCUUAACUUCAAGCAGGCAAUUGGGUAUGAAUGACACAGUUCAUCAAUAUACAAUUUUAAGUACGUUUGUCAAAUAUCAAAUUAUGUAUAUGUUUACUCCCUUUCACAUGUUACUGCCCCUCAUCACCUGCUGGAUCAGGUUGAUUUCUACUACAGAAUUAAUCACUGCAGUUUUCUGGACUAUCAGACACUGUCUAAUAAGUUAAAAGAGUCACUUCCUACAUAUCAACUAAAUUUUAUCCCCCCUACCCACAAGGAACACGUUUCCUAAAAAAAGGCACUUACUUUAGUUCUAAGCUCUGUUUUUCCAAAUAUAAAUACUGAAUUAGAAGUUUCUACAGUUUGCUCACCAAACUCGAGGGGUGGGGGGAGAGGCCCUGCUGUGCAGAAAUAUCCGCAGAAAGGAUAUUCGACACUGAACCAGAAGGGUAAAAAAUAUACAUGCCUCUAAGUACAGAAAGUUGUCCUACAGACUUGCACACAUCAACUUGGGCACAUAUUUAAGUGCCUUCUAAAUGGGGACCUCAGUAACUUCCCUUUCUAGAGUCUGCAUCAUGAUUUUUUACAGCCUGGAGCUGGGUUUCCAACAGGCAUGCUUCCUCCGUAAAAGACAUGAAUGGUUUUGUCCCUGUGCUUUGCCUUCCCCUGUCCAUAGACACCCAGCAGCUGGCUGAGUCCCAGCAGCGGGGACACUACAGCAAAGACAAGUCCACUUCAGAGGACACAGGAAUUCCUCCAGCAGGGAGAGCCCCUCUGAACACAGGUGGCUGGGAAGGUUUAGCCUUCUGUCUGCGUCAAGAUCUUUGUAUAGACCUUUCUCAUUUUAGUUCUGAUUAACCAUAUGAUAACUUUCAUAAUACAGACAUUGUAUCAGAAACUGUUUUAUUAUGAUAUCUAGAGAAAAACACACAGACACUCAGAGAGAAAGAUAAAACCUUCUUCAUAUCUGAAGUUUUAUAAAUCCAGACCAGAUUAAUCAUUUCCAAUUUUAAGCUUGGUUACUAGGGAGAGAGGGAAGCCAUUAGCUUGUAAAUUAUUUAUUACUCUAUGGCUCCAAAAAUAUCAAAAAAACCCCACUAGGAACCCAAAAUAAGAAUGUAGAAACAUCUACACUCAUGUCUAGUUUUGUUACUAGGCUCAUGCACAUGACAACUUUGUUUCAUAUAGUUAAAUACUAUGUAUAAUUUUAUUAGAAAGAAAGAUUAUUUUGAUGUUAAGACAUCAAGUUAUAAGCAGAAGGAUAAUAAAGAGUUUGUUAUUUUAUUAAUAUUGGAAAUAUAUUUAAUGGAAACAUUUGCAAGAGCGUGUAGUGAUGGGAAAAUGCUGAUUGUUCAUGGGUUUAACAAAAUCCUAAAGCUGGGAAAAUGUUAUUUCAACACUGUGCCCAGUGCAUACAGGAUUAGUCUUUCUUGCAAAACUGAAAUACUGGCACAAAAGAAUUUCUAUAUGGUCAGGCUAAAACAGGAAAAGGAAAGGAAAAUUGAUUAUAAAUGGAAGUAAGGUAAUCCCUGGAGUUAUUGUUGGUAUCACAGCUAGAAUAACCUUUUUUCUAGCAGUAUUUCAGAGUUAGAAUGUUAAAUCCCAGUGAAGCAACAAAAGAUGGGGAUGGGGCCCAAGAAUUUGUUCUUAAUUUCAGAAAAAAUCUGUAUGUUUGUUGCUAUUACACAUUCCAAUAACUAUACUGUUCACUUUAUUUAUAUAUGAAAUACUAAAAUGUGUAUAAAAUGAUUGUGAUUUUAUGAUGUAUUCAUAAUAACAAAGAUAUUUUUCUUA